GACCCCUGACCCCAAAGCAAAGUCUCGCGUGAACCAGCAAUACGAGAUUACAGUGUAGGGAGGGCUGCAUGAGCUGAAAGACAAAACAAAAGCCACACACAUUUCAACCAACAGGCGCUGGUCGCUUUUUAUUUUUUGUAAACCUAAACAAAUUGUAAUCAUUAUUCGUAUCGAUUUUCGAUUAAUGCAAAUAUUAUAAAAGUUCUGCACCAUGCCGAGUAGCACGUCUUUGCUGGAGGCCGACGAGGGAGAGUCCGAGGUCCCACCUCCGCUAGUGCACGCUUUCGCCGGUAUGGGCCUUGAGGAGCACCACGGCACCCAGAGCCAGACCCCCGAACAAGUAGAUGAGAGCCUCCACUAUCACCACCACAAUCACCAGCUUUCCCCAAUUUCUCAUUUCAACCUCCUCGGUACGGUCCUAGACUUGAAGCCUCUGCAUCGGCCGCCCUCGGGAGAUGAGGUGAACAUGACGGCUGCGCCCGAGGACAAGGAGCCAGAAGUUUUAGCCGCCGCAGACUCCUCAAUGCUAGCGCAGGCCCGCCGCCAUCAACACCUCCCAUCUGGGCCGGCCGGCUCCGUGAUGCCGUCCGGGAUGGAGCCACCGCACAUCGAGACGGUCUUGUUGUACAACGGAGACGAGUGGGAUGAUACUGGAGUCGGCGGCAGCGCCCUACCACUGGCUGGCAGCAUGGCGAUGCUACCGCCCGGCGUGUACGGGGAGUCGGGCUACGAGGCCGAGUCUACGCUGUUGGCUCGGCGAAAGAGCGUCAACACGACCGAGUGUGUGGCGGUGCCGAGCUCCGAGCACGUCGCUGAGAUUGUGGGCAGGCAGGGCUGUAAGAUUAAGGCACUUCGAGCCAAGACCAACACCUACAUUAAGACACCAGUGAGGGGAGAGCAGCCUGUCUUUGUUGUGACGGGGCGCAAAGAAGAUGUGGCCAUGGCUAAGAGGGAGAUCCUGUCUGCAGCAGAGCACUUCUCCCUCAUCAGAGCCUCUCGAAACAAGACGGGUCCUGUGUCUGUUACAACCGGUCCUGGGACCCCCUCUCUACCUGGACAGACUACCAUUCAGGUGCGUGUACCAUAUCGUGUUGUAGGGCUGGUCGUGGGUCCCAAAGGGGCAACCAUCAAACGUAUUCAGCAACAGACCCACACCUACAUUGUGACACCGAGUCGGGACAAAGAGCCUGUGUUCGAGGUCACCGGGAUGCCCGAGAACGUAGACCGGGCAAGGGAUGAGAUAGAGGCGCACAUCGCCCUCCGCACAGGAACCUGCGGAAGCAUUGAGGCUCCUGGUGUAGACAACAAUGACUUUCAAUUCAAUGGGACAGACGUCAGCUUUGAGAAUUCCGCCACACCAGCUGGGUUGGGGGAGGCCGGGUGGCUUCAUGCAGGUGCAUCAUCACCGAGUGGUGGCUUGCUGCCAAUGAGCAUCAACGGUACUCAGCGAAUCAAUAGCAAUAUUAACAGUGGUGUCAGGAUGUCUUCCACCUACCGCAAUGACAGCUCAAGUUCCCUGGGCAGCGGCUCCAGCUCAGCUGAUUCUGUCCACGGCGGUGGUAAUGGGAACCGGGUGGCAGAUUUAAGCCCGACCUGUCAGUUUAAUGCCAAUGCUAACAACAACAACAACAACAACAGUAAUGGCAGCAGUACAAGUUUCUGGUUUGGUGAUAGCCUUCUUCCUGUGGGGUCUGAGGAGCUGGUCAGCCUGGGAGGUGGAGGCUCUACCUCAGGAUUUGACCCAUUAACCAUCUCCACUGCCCAAGCCUCGCACCCUGCUGCACAGCCACAAAUCUGGAGCCCCUUUGUGGACCACCAACCCCCCCAGGCCUUUGAUGCUCGUCAAGCUCAGACCAGUCAGCCUGGGACGCCCCGACUCUCUCCAACCUUCUCUGGGACAGAAGCCUUGGAGCACCCUCAGGCCCAGCGAGUUCACCGAGGGCCUUUUGGCGCGGCUGGGGUCCUCGAUGCCCACAGGUUUCCCUCUUACAGCUCGGCCUUCUCCUCUUCUAGUGAAAGCACCGCCUCCUCUUCCUCCCCACCUGAAUCCUCCCUCUCCUAUCGGCCGGGGCUCGGAUCAGCAGGGAGAGGACAGGAGAUCUGCAUCCACUGUAUGGAUAACCAGGUGAUCGCUGCCUUGGUUCCCUGCGGCCAUAACCUCUUCUGUCUAGAUUGUGCCACCCAUAUAUGCCAGGGUCCAGACGCCGUUUGCCCUGUGUGCCUGUCCCCGGUCACACAGGCCAUUCAGCUCCGCAACAUGUGAUUUGAAUCCAUUUUCUUUGAUUGCUGAUGAGGGAUCUGCCUCCCCAACACUUCCAAUUCAUAACAUAUGUGGAGAAAUUACAAAACUGACCCCCAAGUCAGUGUUUAGGUGUGGCCUCACCCCUGUUUUGUCCAAGCUGGUGUUUGGUUGACAAAGGUGAGGAAGAAUAGUUGAAUUUAUAAUGAUCUGUAUUUAGGGGCGUGAGCUAGGGUGUUCAGCCCGUUCAUGUGCCUGCUAUUGUGAAGUCUUCUUCCAUGAUUGAUUGAUUGAUCAAUGGGAGGGUUGGAAACCCUCUGUGUAGCAUUGGGUGGGGUGGGAUAUAUAUAUAUAUAUAUAUAUAUAUAUAUAUAUUUGCUCAUGAUUUUUGAUUAACAUUUUCUUCUCCCUGAAGCUAAUAAUUAUCGUUUUUUGCCUACCUAUCAAACAUUUUAAAUGUGCUUUGAAUUCUAUUUUAUAUAUAUAUAAAAAUAUUGUUGGCUUUUGGGUCAAAGUUAUUUUUUUGUCUACAUUUUAAUAGUUUUGUCCAUUUUAAAAAAAGAGAGAGGAUAAAGAAUUCGCUGCUACAGUUGUUUUUAUGUACUGAAAAACAGCCCAGCCCCUUUGCCUCUCAGUUAUUGUGCUCAUGGCGAACUGUAAGGAAAAAAGAAGAGGUGAGCAUGUUUACAUAUAGUGAGUUCCACAUAAGUGUUCAAACUAAUAGUAUUCUCCUGGUUACCACAUAAUUUAAUGCCUACUGCAGUAAACUGGAUAUACGUGCUGUAUUAUCCUGGCAAAUGGCACUAUAUUCCAGAUUGUGUAAAAAAUGAUCAGGCUAGCAAAGUGUGUGUCUGUGCUACUUUUAAACAUGAUAUGAUGUUUAGAUGCUCCAGGUCAUGAGAAUGAUUGAGUAUUGCUGAUAUUACCAGCAUAUUAAUAUGCAUGCAAACAAACCCACAAAGGGUUUUUAAACCAAGUGGGUCAAACCUGCAACUGCAAAGUUGUCACACUCGAAGGCAACCUCUUGUUGCCUCAGGAUUCUUUCUUUUCCAGACUAGAACCAACAAGUGGGUAGUUCCUUUUUGUAAAGUACCAGGAUUUUACACCACUUCAGUAUCGCCACGUUGCUUUCCAUUUUUACUUUUAAAAAAACUGUUUACUGUAAACUCGUGCCUAAUUCCGUUCUGAGUAAACAAAAAGAAACCACUGGUUCAGCAGACGCACAGUGUUUCUCUGUCUUAAAACAAACUGGUGGCCUUUUUGGAAAGCCUGUAAUCAACUUAACGCCAUCUACAAAUCUAGAUCUUUGCCCGAAAGAACACAAGCUGACAUACCGAGGUCUUGAAGUAUUCCUCGAAGUUCAAUCUCUUAAAUGUAUCUCGGUGGAACAAAGGCUAUAUCACAGGGAUGUUUUCUUUUGCUUCCUAUUUUUGUUGAGCCUUUCUAGUAUUUACCACCUAUUGCUUUAUCUUUUCAGCACCAAACACUCCCAUUUACUUUAUUUCUGUUUCCAUAUAUUUCCCCUCUCAUUGUUUUUUAAUACCAUCUUUGUAUAUUUUUCGAUUACGUCUUUGUUUGGGGAAGCCAUGUGCUGGUUUUCAGCCAGAAGGAUAUGCACAGCCUCGUCCCUUUUUAGAAACAUUCCUCCUCCCCUGUAUUGCAAUCACUUUUGUAGAUAGUAUAAGUAUGGCUAGUUAGUAGUAACGCCUCACCUGGGAGUCAAAAGAGCUGAUAUUCUAUGAAACUCUACUACGACGACAGGUUUAAUCUGGAACAAAUCCCUUACAGACUUCUCAUCCAUCUCAAUAGUGUCAUUUUCUUUCACUUGAACUGCUCCACCCUGUGGCCGUCUCGUCACAGCCAUUUUGUGUCCUUGUUGGUAAGCAGUCAGCAAAAUGCCAUUAGGAUGCAAAAUUGAGACGGCGGCCACCACGCGGCCUAUGCAACAAAAACAAAAAAACUCAGUAUGUUAACUACUCAAAGAAGCACUAGAUAAACUAAAGUUGGGUUUCAAUUAGAGCUCAAACUACCUUGGGUGUUAAUUUGUUGACAGACCUGUGUAACCAUAUCCCUUCUCUUUUUACUACUACAUUUCAGUCGGGGUUAACCUUCAUCACCUGCUCUAAUACAUUGAUGAGAUGUUUCAAUAGCACACACUUUGCUUCUCCUGUCUCAUCAGCACAUUUGCUGUUGUCCUGUGUCCUACUAAGCACAGCCUUCCCCAUAUCUUAUCACACUAUUGACAAGUUUGGACUCCAAAAACUGACUUUUGUUUUUCCCCCAUUCAAUGUGUGCAUCUGUCUGUUCCUCCGCCUGAAAAGUGAAGAAAAUGUAUUGGUGGAAAUCAUCUCAAGUCUUAGCUUUAAACACCAGUGUCUCUAGUCUUUGUUUUACAGGAUUGAAUGAAUUGAUGGACAUUUCGAAGGGGAAGCAGCUGGAAAGAUUCUUACAUCUUGGACUCUGCCAACACUACAUAAGGUCAAUACUGUUGCUUUACUUUGUGGACAUUGGAUCACAGUCCGUCUAGCAUUCCAGCUGUAAACAGUAUUUUGGCGUUAUUCUGUUGCUUGGCUCUGUUUCUUAAAUAUCGUCUUCUUUCGUGGAUGAUUGAGCUUUCCCGAGGAAAUGGAACCAAAUGAGUCCCAAAAGUGCAAAAAAACCAUCUGCUUCUGCCCCCUCGGGUCUUCUCUCCGUCCUUUUGUUUUACUUCUCUCAGCUCUAGAAAGGGUUGACCUCUCUUUGCUCUCUCUGAGGGAAUGCAAUACACUGUCAGCCCUCAGUUUAUUGACAUGAAUCUAUUGACAUUUUUUUGUAUGUAUUAUAUAAUGUUACUGUUAAUGAUAAAUAUACAGAACUUAUUUUUAUUUUGUUACAUUUCAUAUAUAUACAUAAAUAUAUCUAUAUUAAAAUGUUUACAAUAAUUUUUUUUUUUUACUUUGAGUGAUUAUGUAAAUGAAGAGUUGGAAACCCAGAAAUGUUGCAGGAGGAGGGUGUCGAUGCUAUCUGCUUGUAGUCUAGUUAUUAGUUUAAAGUAUUGAUGAUAAUAUUAUUGAUAGCUGCCGUUUAACUUAGUGGAAAAUGGAAUGUGCAUCACGAGCAUGUCUUCAUAAUGUACCGCCAAUGUAAAGCGUCCCACUGCAACUGUAAAAAGGCCAAGGAUUCAAGCUGCCGGUCAUGUCUGUACGCCUCCAAAUUAAAAACUGUAUUCUGUAAAAUGGAGCUUAGAUUAUCUAUAUAUAAAUACAUAUAUUGUUAAGCUGUACCAACAGUUCAAAGUAUUUGCUAAUUUUACUACACUUUUGUUAUGUAUAUGUAGGGGGAGUCUUAUGGCAUAUAAAUUCUUCAAAUUGAGUCAGGAGUUUAAAAGCAGACUAUAUUUUAUAACGGCCUUUUAAGUUAUUGCGGCCAAAGCACUGAUAUUAUAUAUUUGCUGUAAAGAGAAUUUAAGAGUUUUAUUUUUCUGAUAUUAAAGUUACUUAAUAAAGACGGUUUCAUUUUAA